AUUAGGAUAGAUAGUAAAAAGAAGGAAAUCUUCCACAUUCAAUGACGAUAAUUAUUUGGCAAUUAACGAAGCCUAUAUAUGUACAUCAAAGACGUGAACCAAUUUUUUUUAAUACAUAAGAAAAAAAAGAAAGAAAAGAUGUUGAGAAAUAAGAUGGGAGGCAUACAAUUUUCCGACAUUACUGCUAUGCCGCAAUUUGCAGUUGUUGUCUUGGCUUUAGCUUUAGGACUUUUGCCCUUGCUAAUUUCAUAUUUGUCAGUUCGAUUCCAUAGUGUCAAACAGUCCAACAACAACAAAAAAGAGAAGAUCCCCGAUGGAAGCAUGGGAUUUUGGCCUGUUCUUGGUGAAACCUUUGAUUUCCUCAAGUCCCAUCCUUCCACUUCCAUGGGCCAAUUCUUGGAAGACCGCCGCUCCAAGUACGGAGAUGUGUUCAAAUCGCAUCUAUUUGGGAGUCCAACAAUAGUGUCGUGUGAUAUGGAGAUGAACCUAUUCAUACUGCAGAACGAAGGGAAGCUUUUCAGGAGCAGCUAUCCAAAAUCAGUAUCAGACAUACUUGGGAGUGGAUCUAUGCUUAUUGUCACCGGAGAUCAACACAAAAAGGUCAGGAGUACUGCCGCUAAUCACAUCGCAACCUCGAAAUCGAGGCCGGAGUUCCUUAAUUACGUCGACAAGUUGUCAACUUCCCUCAUGAAAUCCUGGCAAAAACUACCCCGGGGUGAAAAAGUCCCCUUCUUCCAAGUCGCCAAAGAGUUCACAAUGGGCGUGAUGUUGAAAAAUCUGAUUGACAUGGAGCCGGAAGAUCCACUUGCUCCCAUGUUUUUCAACGACUUUCUUACGUUCGCCAAAGGGUUUGUCUCCCUUCCGGUCUAUCUGCCGGGGAGCCCUUAUGCCAAGGCCGUGAAGGCAAGAACAAGGAUAUCAUCAACUUUAAGAAGUAUAAUGGAAGAUAGGAAGAAGAGGCAAUCAGGGGAUUCAGUGACAUCACCAUCAUCUUCAAGAGGUGACUUUCUGGACGGGUUGUUGAAGAAAGAAGCAAUGAGUGAUGAAGAAGUAGUUGACCUGGUUCGGGACCUUCUUCUGGCCGGCUACGAAACCACCUCCGGACUUAUGGGUCUCGUUGUCUACUUCCUUUCUCAGUCCCCCAAAGCUCUUCAACACUUAAGGGAAGAACAUCGAAAAAUAAGGGCAGAAAAGCCCCCAGGAGAGCCCUUGAACUUGAAGGAUUAUAAGCAAAUGGAAUUUACGAUGAAAGUCAUAAAUGAAGCUUUGCGAUGCGGCAACCUGGUUAAGUUCGUGCACAGAAAAGCUGUUAAGGACGUCGAAUUUAAAGGCUAUCUGAUUCCUCAAGGGUGGAAGGUUCUACCAGUCUUAUUGAGCCCCCAUCUGGAUCAAUCUCUUCAUGAUCACCCGACCCGCUUUGAUCCUUGGAGAUGGGAGGAUGAAGCAACCAUAAAAAAGGUGAUGCCCUUUGGUGCUGGAGCUCGACUCUGUCCAGGAGCAGAGAUUGCAAGAGUUGAAACCUCUUUCUUCUUGCACCAUUUAAUCCUCAAUUACAGUUGGAAAAUAGCAGAAGACGAAAGCCCGGUGGUAUUUCCAUAUUUGGAUUUUCGAAGAGCCAUGCUAUUACAGAUCGAGCCUCUGGAAGACAAUGCUCUUAAUUAAGGGCUUAAGGCCAAGUUCUGUACUUGGGCCAUGCACUUUGCGUCCACAGUGUUAGCCAAUCCAUUACUUUAUAUUCUCUAGGCUCUAGGCUUUUAUAUCAGUUGGUGUA